AUGGCGGGUGCUGAGACACGCGUUGUCUCUGUCCAAAGCCUAAACCAAGGCCCUGGGGCCCGGUCCCUGGCAGAAUGGUGGGCAGACGAGCGCAAGAGCCAAACACCCGAAUCCAAGGCCAUAGAAGAAGCCGCAGACCUCCUCCGCACUCAUGAUAUCCCCGUUGCUUUCCCCACAGAAACGGUAUACGGUUUGGGUGCCGAUGCCACCCGUAGCGCCGCUGUUCAGGGCAUCUAUCGCGCGAAGCAGCGACCCUCAGAUAACCCACUCAUCGUCCACGUCGACUCUCUUGAUAUGCUCGAUCGACUGCUGAACCCCUCUCCCACCAGCCCUAGUGCAACCAAAACACCGCGCGUUCCCCUUCCCUCGAUCUAUACUCCUCUCAUCGAACGCUUCUGGCCAGGACCACUGACCAUCAUCCUGCCGAACCCGUCUGGCUCGGAAUUAGCCCCGGAGGUGACUUCAAACCUGACGACCUUUGGUGCUCGCAUGCCCUCCUCCCCACUGGCUCGUUUACUCAUCCAUGCUGCCGAUCGCCCACUUGCCGCACCGUCCGCAAACGCGUCUACAAAGCCUUCACCAACCACCGCACAACACGUCCUCCACGAUCUGAACGGACGUAUCGACCUGAUCCUCGACGGUGGUCCAUCUGGCGUUGGUGUUGAAAGUACCGUUGUAGACGGGCUAUGCGACCCGCCGGCAAUUCUACGACCAGGCGGCAUCGGCAUCGAAGAACUGCGCGAGGUUCCCGGCUGGGAGAACGUCACAGUCGCGUAUCGCGACGGAACCCUGGACGUAAAAGAGAUUCCCCGCGCCCCCGGCAUGAAAUACCGACACUACUCACCGAAAGCGCGAGUUGUUCUCUUCAAGGCAGGGUCUAAUUUGGCUGGCGUCACACGCCAUGUGCAACAUGAUCUACACGAUACUGCCAUUGGUGCCCACAACAUCGGUAUUGUGCGUACCCGGCAGUGGAAGCAGGGCUUGGACCUUGCCUCGGACGACGUGGUGGCAAGUACUCUUAAGUCCAUUACCGCGCCCAUCGACAACCUAGUCAGCUUCGAGAUCCCCGUGCAGCAGAGCGGUAGCUCAAGUAGCCGGACCAAACUGGCAUACGACUACCAUCUGGGCUCGGAUACAGGUGUUAUUGCCCAUGGACUUUUCGCCGCGCUUCGAGCCAUCGAUGAGUUCGAUGUGGAUGUGAUCUACGUGGAGGGGAUAUCCGAUAGCGAUGGUGACUUGGCUGCUGCUGUGAUGAAUCGACUCCGCAAGGCGGCUGGUAAAGAGAUGAGGGUAUAG